GAAAGAAUUAGUCCUACUUUCACAUGGAAGGACUCAUAAAGCUUCAGAAAGAAGCCCUCAUGCUGGGCAGUUAAAGGCUCUGAACAGCAAUGAGCUGUAGUGACGUGUCCAAUCCUGAAUAUCUGAAGGAGAACAGAAUGCAGUCCCUCAACCAUUUUGACCAGGUUAGCCUUCCCUAUCAGUCUACGCCUGGUGGGACACCGGAAGAAAACAUGGCGUCUCAGCAGCAUCCCCGCCUGCUUGAGGCAUUGCAGCAGUUAGCAGAUUUGGACUUCCCGCUGGACAAGCUGUGGGAGAGGCUGAUGGCUGGCCUCCCUCUGAAGCAGAAAGUGGAGGAGCUUGAAACUCAGCAGAAGACCUUGGAGAACAUUGUGUCGGUUCUGAGUCGGGAGCUGGGCAGAAGAGAUGCGGCCCCUGCAGAUACCCUUGGGGAGGCCAUGGCCAGGAUUCUCUAUCUUGAAGAAAAGGUAGAACAUCAAGACUCGCUCUUGGCCAUGAAAGAUGUCAUGAUCAGUAACUUAGUGGCUCGGAUCCAUACCCUGGAACAAACGACAUAUGACGGAUGCUUCCUCUGGAAGAUCUCAGACGUGGGGCUCAGAACUCAGGAGGCACUAACGAAUAAAAGGCCUGCUCUUUACUCCCCCUGUUUUUACACCAGCCGCUACGGAUACAAACUCCGUCUCAAACUCUUCUUGAAUGGAGAUGGGAUAGGCACCAGGACCCACCUCUCUCUUUUCCUGGUUGUGAUGAAAGGGGAAUAUGACUUCCAGCUCAAGUGGCCUUUCCAGCAUAAGGUCACCUUCACCCUUCUGGACCAAGUCAACAAACAUCACGUUUCCACCUCCUUCCGUCCCUUGCAGACGUCCUCCUCCUUCCAGCGCCCCAUGAGUGAAAACAACGUGGCCAGUGGUCUUCCGGAGUUUUUCCCGUUGAACUUACUCCAUGCUUCAGGGGCCACCUAUAUCUGUAAUAAUACUUUAGCAUUUCAAGCUGUGAUAGACACAAAGGCUUAGACUUUGGAGGAAUGCUCACCCCACUCAACUGGAGAGUGUACUACCCAACAACUGUUACUCUGACAUGUUACUAGAGAGAUCAAGCUGUCUACCUAAAAGCUGUAUUCUUGAACAUCUUUUCUCAGAAUAAGCACAACUGAAGAAGGGAAACUUCAAGCUUUUCCAAGAUGGUGACCUUGCAGCGACUUGUUAGAUACCAGAUUUCUUUUUUUUUAUUUCAAAAUAUAUUAAGUUUGUAUAAACUUUCUAACUUAUUGAAAUUGUCAUGUACAGGCA